AUGUCUGGUAGAAAUUCUCCUUCCCGACCUUUAAGACGUUAAGAGUUAUUCUCAUUCGCUUUUCUUUAAGGUUGUUCUUAUUAAUGGUUUUCACCGGCGUCAUUAACUGCUGGUCUACUGGUUCAUCUUCUAAGAUUUUACUGCUUUUUAACUAUCUUCUCUUCGAUUCAUUGUUUUGAUAUUUUGCUUUUCUGGGCGUGUUUUGUUUGGGUUUUUGCAGCUGAUAAGAGACCAAUGACUAGAUCCUAUGGUUCUAGCAGACAAUAUGAGAUAUCCGAUACUGAAUAUAUAGAGAAUCUUAAGAUCAAAUAUCGUCUUCGGAGAUUCAAAGUUUCCUUUGCAAGCCCUGAGGGUCAAGCCGGAAUUCUGACAAAGGAGACCGCCGAGAAGCCUUGCAGCCCGAACGAGAUUAUUGUGGCCGAAGGUCAAUUAGAGGCGGGGAUUCGCCUUCCCCUAUACUGUCCUUUAGAUUCGUUUCAGUAUGAGGUGCUCUGUCGUCUCAAUCCUCAACGAGGUAUGUUUCAGCCCAAUGGUAACUUCUGGGGGAUCGUCCGAGAGUGUUCUCGCUGAAGUAAAGGCAAAGCUACUGAUCAUGAGAUGAACGAAUUUGUUCCUGACCAAGACGAUCUAUAUACUUUGAACCUUCGUGGAGAACUAUUGGUGUCAACAGCUUGAAAAUUUUGAUGGCUUCGGGGUGAGGAUUUCACGAUCUCAUCGCCCUUUGCGAGGCCCUAUGCUCCUAUCCGAUCUGGAUCCUCCCCCAUGCUAGUAACAUUACGCUUCGUAAGACGAAUGAUCCGAAGUGGUUUUUGGUUCCCCUUCUUGUUGUACGUCCUUUUAUUUAUGGCUGGGACGAGAUUGGUAAUGUUCUUCCAAAGCUUCCCGAGAUGCAUAGUUAUCUGCCGCAUUAUAGGCCAUGGGAGCUUAGGUGGAUUACCGCUCGUAAACGUCGGAUGCAGACUACCCGGACUACUAAAGAUGCUAAGAUAGAAAAUACUGUUUUAUUGUUGUAACGUAUAUAUAUACCUUGCCCCUGUUUUAUAGCUUAGCAUCUGAAAUCGUGUGCUGGCGGCGAGUGAGGGCUGCAGACGGUUCUGGGCCAUGUAAUGCUCCCGUUCAGGUUACUGAACAUGCUUUGGAUGUUGAUAUUUCUGCUCUUUUUGGUGAUAGCCAGAUGAUUGAUUUAGACAAAUCACUCUUUGAGGAUGUGGGCGGUACGUUGUUGCAUGAAUCUUUUCCCUUAGAGGGUGAUGAGAGUACUCCGGGAUGGGGUCCGGGGAUGCCCCAAGCGAGUGUUCUCGCUGAUAAGGGUAUUCCUUCAUCCGAUGUAGGAGCUCUAAGUGAUGGUAGUGUCGUUGUUGGUUCAAGUGGUGUUGUUGUUGGUGAUACUGGUGUACCAAGUUUAUUCGUUAGUGGUUUUCCUUCGUCUUCGGCGGCUCCUUCUACUCCAUCCUUCACCAUUUUUGGUGGAGGUGCUAGUGCUGUUGCAAUGUUGUGCUUUAAGGAGUAUGCUAAUCUGAGUGAGGAUAAGCAGGCACGGAUUUUGACUUCCUUGGAUAGAUCUACUUAGCAGCAGCUUGUGCUUUCGAGCAACAAUAUGAGGAUCGGCAUGCUAGCCGAGUCUGGGGUUGCUAGGAAACGAACCCGAGAUGUUGAAGGCGAUGUCCGUCGCUUGCAGUUCGAGCUGGAAGCGUCCAGGCGAGAGACGGAGUCGCUGCGCCAUGACAAGCGAAAACUGGAAGAGGCUCGUAAGCACAAUGCAGAGCUGCAAAGGCAAUUGGACGAUCUCAGGGGAGAAAAACAGAGUCUGGAUGAGGAGCUCGAUGGCAUGGAGGCUUGUUUUGAAAUGGAGAUAGAGGAUGAACGUGCUAUCUGGAGGCAGAAGAUGAGAAAUCUUCAUGCCAAGUAUGGUGUAAAGCUGACUAAUGCUUGCAAAGUUGCGAUUCUUCGGGAGCGUCAGAGGGUUGAUGCUGCUUCACAGCCGUGAUUCCUCCUAAGCCACCUGUUGAGCCAAUUGCCCCUGCCGGUGGUGCAGCCUAAGGCGAUGGCCAGAUGGACCCUGAGCAGGAUGCUCCUGGCGAUGAACAUGUUUAAGUUCAUUGGUGCUUACCUUCUUUGAGUGGUAGUUUUGCUUUUCUUCUUCUGUAUAUGUGAACAAGUGUUUUUGGAACUUUUAUCCUUUGUUUGUUGGCAAGUCCUCGUGUUUUCUCCGAGGCGAUGUUUAAAGGUACUUUAGGUGGAUAAGUCCUCAUGCUCCUUCCGAGGCGAUGUUUAACGGUGUUGGUUUAGUUAAUAUGCUAAGUAAGUCCUCUGUUGUUUGGAGGCAUUAUUUUGCUAACCAUUUUUGGUAAGUCCUCAU